AUGUAUCUAAAGUUUGCUAGGAAAAAAGUGGGCCAGGCCUUUGGUUGUGUUCAAGUGGAUCAGUCUACAGUUGCUGUGAAGGAACAUUUUGGGAAAUUCGAUGAUGUGCUUCAGCCCGGAUGCCAAUUGUAUCAGUUUGAUUCGAAUUGCUUCAAAACGAAUCAAGUUACAAAUUUGCCGCGCAAAAACGAUUUGCAUGGUAAUGAAAAUAAUGUUAAAGUAAAGUUUAGGCUUACAAACAUCAAGUGGCCCAUCGAUGUAGCCUUGUUCAACAAGCAGUGUAUGAAAGGGGGCAGUGGUGGAGUCGAUUGGGAGUGCACCUUUCAUUCGGUGCUUGUCUCCUCACUGGACCUCAACCUCCCGGCACCAUCUACCGAGGCACUCUUCAACAUAGCGAUAAAAUUGAGAAAAUUGAUCAGUAAAGUUUGUUAA